UGCCUAGCUGUCUGACCUGUGUGUAUAAACCUGACGCACCAGUUUACAAAGCGGAAAUUCUGUAACCGCUCAUGGCAUGGGUCGGCGAAGUAAGAGAGAUCAUUACCGAAAAAUAACACCAGUCAUUUUUCUUUGGCCCAAACCUUUUUCGGCCAUAUUAGCAAAGGUCGGUUUACUAAACUCAGCUUUAGAAUUGCUAAGGGCAGGUGAUAUCUUAAAAGCGUCUUUUCGAAGUGCUUGGACAUCAAUGGCCGUUGAGAACAUAACAAACGCUUCGAUUUUCUCACUCGAAUGUUUCCUCUUGGAUGUAAAUUUAGAUUUUACAGAAUAUCUCUUCAUCGCACACAUUUUGACGCUAGUUGUCAAUUUUGUUUCUUGCUUCACAGCCGCUGGUGGAAACGGCGUUGUAAUUCUUGCCGUGUGGAGGACGCCGGCACUUCACACGCCGUCGAACGUGUUUUUAUGUUGCUUGGCGCUAAGCGAUCUUACCGUCGGAUUGAUUGCACAGCCAUCUUUUGUGAUCCACAAAAUCGGCGAGCUUCUCGAAAGCCACAGCAUGUAUUGCACCACAAGAAUAUUGACAGAGUCAGUUGGGUAUAUAACAGCCGGUACCUCUGUUCUCACCAUGACCGGUAUUGCGAUCGAACGGUAUCUUGCGUUGUAUCUUCAUUUGCGCUUUAAAGAAAUUGUUACCACGAAGCGCAUCUUAGUGGCUGCCCUCUGUCUCUGGGUGUUUUUCAUCUUGUUGGCCGCUUCCAGAUUUUGGAUUGCGAAUGAUAGUAUCUUCAACAACAUAAUUAUUUCGUUAAUCUUUGUCAGCCUGACAUUCACCUUCUUGGCCUAUUUGAGGGUUUUAAAGUACGUUCGUCGCCACGAGAACCACAUACGGGAUCAAAAAACAAUUCAAACGGCUCAGCGAUGCCCGGUUGAAUACCGUUUAACAAAGAUGACGCGCUACAAGAAAUCCACAUUGACAAUGGUGUACAUCUUAGGCAUUUUCGUGCUCUGUUACAUCCCGUUUUUGUGCGUCAAAGUCGUUUACAAGAUCGACGGGUAUACCACAAGCGUCAAGACGGCUUCUUUGUACGCUUCCACAAUUGUGUUUCUCAACAGCUCCUUCAACCCUUUGGUUUAUUGCUGGCGUAUACCGGAUAUACGGAAAGCGGUGAAAGAUUUCUUUUCGCCUUGCUUUGGCGUCGAGAGAAGUAGUCCAGCUAGUAUUGCUUCAGCGAACACAGGGCGUCAUCGAAGAAGCGGGAUGAGCGGAAGUUUUACUGCAACACGGCGCCCUUCGCUUAGGGUUGAACAAGCCUGAGACAGACAAAUCAUGCAAAAAAUACAUGUGCCACGGAACGGGAGAAAUUUAUAUCGAGGAACCGAGUGUAUCUAAUUGAAAAUAAGAAAAAAGACAGCAGGAUGUCGAUCUUAAAAUAUGUCAGUUUUUUUUACAGUAAAAUCCGGCUAGCAUGCCCUUUCUCAUAUUUUGGCGAUGCUAAAUUGUGAUGUAAAGUGUUUAUCACUGAUUGACGAAGAUUUAUUUCACGAUCCUCUUCACAUUUCUGUUUUAUGAACGCAUAUAUAUUAUCAAGAACUUUACUUGCGAAAAAUUAGUGCGUUAUUUACUAGCUGAUAAAUCUGAUUAUAAAUUUCCAAUAAAUAAUAAGGGACUUCGUUUGCAGGUUAAAGGCAAAAUGUAGGAACAUAUCGUAUAGUUUCUUAAUAUAUACAAUUUCAAUGCCUAGAGACAAUCGCAGCUAAAAGCUCUUGAUUGACACUCAGUAAUUGAGCGUGAUUAUUAAUUCCUUUUGUUCGCAUAAAAAGAAACAGAAAUUAACACCAUAUACACCAGUGUGGUUUUUCCGUCUCUCGAUGUCCAGGUUUGCGGUGGUCGUGCCCACAGAUUUAUUAAAGAAAGCACCAAUGAUAGCUUUGGUCAAAUACAAAACCAAAUUAUUUAAGACAAUGUUUAAACCUAUAAAUAUUUUUUUAAUGGGUUUUGGCAUAAGGUAAUGCACACAAUGGUCUCGUAUAAAGCUAUGAAUAAUAUAAUUCUAAUUUCAAAAAAACUUUUUUAAAUGCGUGCGCACGAAAAACGAGUGUUGAUCGAGGAGCUUCAGACUUUGAUAAAAUACACUUUCAGUUAAUUAGGCUUUUAACACUUGCUGGCAGUUAUCCGGAAGAAUUAUGAGCUCAGCUGCCUUCAUGUUGUGAAAAUUAUGUAAAUAUAGAAAGACUUAGGUUGACAAAGUCUUGCCAAACCUAGCUACCACGGUAUAAAACGGACUUCUAAACGGAACUAGCUCAUACUGUCUCUGGUCAACAAAGUAAGGAUAUAAUGACCGCAGAACCCGGCCGUUAAAUUCCGUAUCGCACAUGCACCUGAUUAUUGGAAGAUAUUUAUUUUGUAAGUCAAUAUUGCUUUUCUCCUUAGUGAGUUCGCUUGUAUGGCAAAAAGCUUGUUGAAUAGUCUUCAAUAUUCACUCGCAAGGCUGAACGAAAAGAGAGGAAAAUCCGGAUUUUCGACGUUUUACGAAAUAAGAUUGGU